AUGGCGGGCGGCAGCUUCAACGAGAAGCACAAGCAAUACCCGGGGAAGAUGACGAUCUUCGUCUUCCUCGCCUGCCUCGUCGCCUCCUCCGGCGGGCUCAUCUUCGGAUACGACAUCGGCAUCUCCGGUGGCGUGACGUCGAUGGACCCGUUCCUGACCCGCUUCUUCCCGUCGGUGUACGCCAAGGAGCAGGAGGUGGUGGAGACCAACCAGUACUGCAAGUUCGACAGCGAGCUGCUAACGCUCUUCACCUCCUCGCUCUACCUCGCCGCGCUCGUCGCCUCCCUCUUCGCCGGCUACAUCACCAAGAAGUGCGGCCGCAGGGUGUCCAUGCUCGGCGGUGGCAUCAUCUUCCUCGCCGGCGCGGUCCUCAACGGAUUCGCACGAAACGUCGCAAUGCUCAUCAUCGGCAGGGUCUUCCUCGGCAUCGGCGUCGGCUUCAGCAAUCAGUCUGUGCCGCUGUACCUGUCGGAGAUGGCUCCGGCGAAUAUGCGCGGCAUGCUCAACAUCAGCUUCCAGCUCAUGAUCACCAUCGGCAUCCUCGCCGCCAACCUCGUCAACUACUUCACGGCCAAGAUCUCCGGCGGCUGGGGCUGGCGCGUCAGCCUCGGCCUCGCCGCCGUCCCGGCAGUCAUCAUGGUCGGCGGCUCCAUCUUCCUCCCCGACACGCCCAACUCCCUCGUCGCCCGCGGCAAGGAAGAGAAGGCCCGCGCCAUGCUCCGCCGCAUCCGAGGCACCAACGACAUUGGCCUCGAGUUCGACGACCUCGUGGCGGCCAGCGAGGCCACCAAGGCCAUCGAGAACCCGUGGAGCACCCUCCUUGAGCGCCGGUACCGGCCGCAGCUGGCGAUGGCCUUCCUCAUUCCGACGCUGCAGCAGCUCACCGGCAUCAACGUGGUCAUGUUCUACGCCCCGGUCCUCUUCAAGACCAUCGGCUUCGGUGGCACCGCCUCGCUCGUGUCCGCCGUCAUCACCGGCGGCGUCAACAUGAUCGCCACCUUCGUUUCCAUAGCUACCGUCGACCGCCUCGGCCGCCGCAAGCUCCUCCUCCAGGGCGGCACCCAAAUGGUCAUUGCUCAGUUCGUGCUUGGGACGCUGAUCGCGAUCAAGUUCGGGACGAGCGGCGUGGCCGACAUCUCGCGGUCUUACGCGAUCGGGGUGGUGGUGUGCAUCUGCGUGUUCGUGUCCGCGUUCGCGUGGUCGUGGGGGCCGCUGGGGUGGCUGGUGCCGAGCGAGAUCUUCCCCCUGGAGAUCCGGUCAGCGGCGCAGAGCGCGGUCGUCGUCUUCAACAUGAUCUUCACCUUCGUCAUCGCGCAGAUCUUCCUCAUGCUGCUCUGCCGCCUCAAGUUCGGCCUCUUCUACUUCUUUGGCGCAUGGGAGAUCGUCAUGACGAUCUUUGUCUACUUCUUCCUGCCGGAGACCAAGGGAAUCCCCAUCGAGGAGAUGGACAGAAUCUGGGGAAAGCACUGGUACUGGAAACGGUUCAUCGACGACAACCGGAAGGUCGAGUUGACAUCCACGGCCGUAUAA